CGGGCGUUCGACUGUUUCUGGAGACCUGGAUGGUUCUUUUUCGGAAGUGACGCAUGUGAAUGCGGAAGAAAACUUUGAUCAGCUCCUGUCGGCAUGGAAGAAAGUAGCGAUCGAACAAGCCUCUCACAGGUCCGUCGGGUCGUCCUGGUACUGUCAGGUAAAGGAGGUGUCGGGAAAAGCACCAUCACUACAGAACUUGCACUGGCCUUCCGACACGCCGGUAAAAAGGUGGGCAUUCUGGAUGUGGAUCUAUGUGGGCCCAGUAUUCCGCGCAUGCUGCGAGUGUGUCGGCCGGAGGUGCACCAGUGCGAGUCGGGCUGGGUGCCCGUCUAUGCAGACACCCAGCAGAGCCUCGCGCUCAUGUCCAUUGGCUUCCUGUUGGAACACCCAGAUGAGGCUGUGGUAUGGAGGGGCCCCAAGAAAACAGCUCUGAUAGGUCAAUUUGUGAGUGAUGUAGCAUGGGGUGAACUGGACAUCCUCUUGGUGGACACGCCGCCCGGAACAUCAGAUGAGCAUCUGGCCGUGCUGGAGAAUCUCCGCAAACACAGAGUGGACGGUGCCGUGCUGGUCACCACUCCACAGGCGGUGUCAACUGGAGAUGUUCGGCGAGAGAUUACCUUCUGUAAGAAGACAGGCGUACGUAUCCUCGGGCUUAUUGAGAACAUGAGCGGCUUCGUGUGUCCACACUGCUCCGAAUGCAGUAACAUCUUUUCCAAAGGUGGGGGAGAGGAACUGGCCAAGUUGACAGGGUCAGAGUUUCUGGGCUGUGUGCCACUGGACCCUCAGCUGACGCAGAGUCUUGAGGAGGGCGAAGACUUCCUGCAGGCGUUUCCUAAGAGCGCCACCUUCAGUGCCAUCAACACUAUUGCAAACACCCUGCAGAGCAGGCUGGAGGAUGACUGACUUCUCCAACCACACAUCCACUUAUAGUCCCAAGUCUGCACUGUAGUUACAUGCUUGCAUAAAUCAUUUAUAUAUUGUGUAUAUGUGUAUUGUUACUUUGCUAAAUCUUGAAUUUUAAAAAUAAAAUGAUUUUGUAACUUA